CUGUCUCGCCCUCACCGUCGUCAAUCUACCUCGUCAUUCUCCUCUGUCCGCACUUCGGCCCUUUCCUUUCCCUUCCUCUUCUCGUGCCUCUCCCGUACCAGACUAUUGACCCCCCUCCUUUGCUUUUUUCUCUCUCUUUGAGCCGGUAUUAUUUACUCCUCGCUUGAAAACACUUUCGUCUUUUUGGCGUAUCAGAGUGGUCGUGUGCCUCUCCUACCCUCUCCGUCUCCCAACCCAUGAACAAAUUUUUUCUCAUUAACCAUGUUGUGUUUCCCGAUUAGCGUCUCCCGCCAGUUGGCCCGGGCUGGCAUUUCAAUCCGUGGCGUUCUACCUAGUUUUGGCCCACUUUCCUGAACCUUUUCGAGUACCGCACUCUGUUCGUAUGCCGGUAUGAAUGUCAUAAAUGCUGGGACAUCCUCCAUGGAUUGUCCCCAUUCCCUGCCCAACUCCACGUGCUUCUUCAUCUCCUUGCCUCUCUUAGAGCCAUGCAACGCUCGUUUCUAUUCGCAGCCGUUGCGCUCCUCCUCUCGCCCUGGGCGGGGAUGGAGGUAGCUGCUGCUGGCAAAGCGACCUCGGAUUGUGGAAAUGCAUGCAGUCUUGCUCUGAUAUAUACCAAUUUUGAGGGAGGGAGCACAAAGCAGAACCGCUAUGUUCAACAAUGCACCAAUAACUUGGCGAUCACGUCAGUCUACGCAUGCAUGGAGUCCUUCUGUUCUCCGGCGGAGAUUGAUGUUGGUAUGAAUGCAUUGAACGAGCAAUGCGAUGAGAUUGCAGGGAAAAGCCUCCCAUCAUACGACAGCAUCAUCAAGGGCAUCAAUUUGAAUGAGCUCCAACACCUAAGUUAUGCCAACCACACACGUCCCGUCAAGGGACCCGUCGUCCCUACGCUUGAUUUGUACCAAGCCGCUUUCAAUACAAUGCAUGCGAGUACGGACCAGCAAAAUCAUGAUGGGAUAUACAGUUAUGCCAUGUCUGGAUUCUGGGCCGUAGUCAUUCUCUUCGGCAUGUGCUACCGGUUGGUGGCCUUCUUCACGCACCCGAAGCCAAAGACUACGCAGGGCACAGGAGACGUCGAAUCUCACGACGAGAAGCGGAAAAUUCGCUGGCAUCAGAAAAUCACCAAGUUGGUCAAUAAGCAUGUUGUGCUUCCGGCUGCCUUUGGGAACCAUCACCAAGAACCUCUCGGUUGGUUUAUGGUCCCCACUAGGAUCCAGGGACUCUUCAUCGUGGCAUUUGUUGCAGUGAAUAUCGCUCUAGUUGCUUGCAACUAUGAAAUUUUUGCCCAAAACCUCUACUGGCCCAAAAAGAGUCUUCAAAUCUGGCGCUACCUUGCGGACCGCACCGGAUACCUCUGCUUUGGAAACCUUCCUCUCGUGUGGCUCUUUGCAUCGAGAAACAACGUACUUCUGUGGCUUACAGGAUGGAGCUUUCCAACUUACAAUAUGUUUCAUCGCUGGGUUGCAAGAGUGGCAACCGCCGAGGCUGUUAUUCACGGAGUCUGUUACACUGCAUAUGCACUUGAUGUGGGUGGAUCCCAAGCAUUGAAGAAGGACUACCACAAGCUCUACUGGCAAAUGGGUGUCGUGGCUGUCGUCUGCUUCGGUCUCCUCAUGGGAUUCUCUCUCCUGCCCCUUCGUCAAAAGUGCUACGAAUUUUUCCUGGUGAGCCACAUUGUCCUUGCAUUGAUUUCGCUGGUGGCUCUAUUCUACCACGUCGCAAUCUUUGACGGUGAAUAUGAUCCGUACCUUUGGUCUUGCGUAGCAGUAUGGUGCCUUGAUCGUUUCUUGCGACUUGCGCGAGUUGUGAUCAUUAAUUUCAAAGCCCUGGUACUACAAGACUCUCCAGCACGCUGCUACUACAGCGAAGAAGCAGACAUGAUCUACCUCGAGCUCGAGCCAUCCUUCCACUUGAAGCCAAGUGCGGGAGCCUUCUAUUAUAUUUACUUCCCGACGUGGUGGGGUCGAUGGGAGUCUCAUCCUUUCACGCUCUCCUCAUGGUCCUAUGGAAAUCAACAGUCGUUCUUGGAUCGGCUCCCAAGGGAAAAUUCGUUUUCCAAGGACGAUAAGAAGGGUGCUCUCGUCUCCGAGAGUCCGGCGAGCCCUCCAGAUAGCGUCAAGCUGACCCCGGUAUCGUCGCCAAAUGACCGGCUCAAACUCACCUUUUUGAUCCGGCCAUGUGAUGGUGUUACCAAACAUUUGCGGAAGACAAUUUCGAAAACCCCCAACAAGCUCAAGAACUUCCGUGUGUUGGUUGAGGGUCCAUAUGGACAGGCAGAGCACUUGAAUGGAUACGAGCGGGUUCUUUACGUUGCUGGAGGUAGCGGUAUCACUGCCAUCACAUCCAGUAUGUUAAGUCUAGCGAACCGCGCCGAAACCAAGGGCAUCAAAUGCCCUGUGCCGAAGUACUUGCACAUUGUCUGGGCUGCUCGUCAAUCAGGUCUCCUGAGGGAGGUGUUUGAGACCCAGCUUUAUCCUCUGAUGUGCCGGCUUGCAGCCGCAGACGCGGGGGUAACCAUUACGGUCGAGCUUUUCCAUACCCAGGGCAACGCCGAAACACCUGUUCCCGUGGCAAACGUCAAUGAGCACCCUGCAAUGACUGUGCGACAGGUUGUUGGUGAGCAGCCGAAUAUCCCUGAAAUCGUCCGUGAAGACGCCACAGAUGCCAGGGAUAAUAUGGCUAUCUUUAUCUGUGGCCCCGGACGCAUCGCGGAUGUUACGCGUAGCGCUGCUUGUGAGGCGCAGAUGCUCACAGCCGCCAGGGUGGACUUCUUCGAGGAAGCAUUUGCCUGGUAAACCUUUAAUAGGGACAGGGCAGGGCGCCUUCUUGGAGGCCGAGUUCACUAGAAAAGCCACGGAGGAAACGAAAAGUUUGAAUGACCAUUUCCGCAACGAUGUUACGAGCUUAUUAAAAUUUUGGGAGGGAGUAGAUUUCGGAGUAUAUACCUAUGAUUUUGUGAGAUUGGUGCGCCUAUCGAUGAGCUUGGACAAAAAGCAUUCCCCUAGCCUAGUGCUGGGCAGGUCUACAAUGUAGACAUAAGAUGGUGAUACUAGAUUCGGUGGACGUCUUUUGACCCGAUGAGAUGCAGUCGACGUAGAUAUUUUAUAGAAAUAUGUUAAUAUUAUGUAAAUAUUCGUCAAAUUGUUGGC